CCUCGUACGCCGCCACGUCCUCCCCAAGAAAUCUCCAGGCGCGUCUCUGGCACCAGCGACUUUCACAUGACAGACGCCAGGUGCAGCCACCAACUGCCACGCCACGCUUCCCCGGGAGCUUCCCUCCUCUGCAGCAACACGGCCGCCGGGCAACACCGCACACAACACUGCAGACAUCUACAGCAUUUCUUUUGGCUGCUCUGGCAUCUGCUCGUGCUAAACCGCCAAUAUGGCUGUUCUCUCUCUCGAUGGCGUGCCUCCCUCGCUGCGGCCCCUCGUCAGAGCAUACCUCCUCGGCUACGGCUCGGCUGUCGCCCCGCGGCUGAUGAACCUCCUGCUUCAACACAUCUACAGACGGCGAAGAAAGGCGCGCAAGCUCGCUCCCGAAGACGAAUUGAAACAGGAAAAGCCGUUGGGCCCCUCGGCGCUUCAUAUUCUCAAGACUGGCUUCGAUCCGCAGCGCUUCCCGACAUUUUGCGCCGUUCUCGCCGGAGGCUCCAGCUUACUGCAGGUGCCGGUAUACAGACUCAUACAGCGUUUUCUCAAGAAUCUUGACAAGACUACGCGCGUUAGACUCUCAAGAUGGAUUGCUUCCUUUGUUGCGUCUUGGAUUGGCCUGCGUCUGCUCCAGACCAAGGAGUCUGUGCCGAGAAAGACUUCGGCCGAGGACAAAGCCAACAGCGAGGCCAAGACACGCAAGAUGGCUGGAAGAACCAUUGAUCUGACCCUUUUUGCGGCCACACGUGCCGUUGAUGUACUGGUUGGUGAAUUAUGGUCACAGCGUCGUUCACGACGUCAGGCGGCGAACAAGUGGACUUGGACUGAACAAUUCAUCACUCAUAUGACCGACCCCGUUGUCUUUGUGACUUCGUGUGCCCUCAUCAUGUGGGCCUGGUUUUAUGCCCCCGAAAAGCUGCCCGGAGGCUACGAUCGCUGGAUCACUUCUGCAGCUUCGGUCGACCAACGUUUGAUAGAAGCUCUUAGGCGCUGCAGAAGUGGAGAGCUUAUAUAUGGCAAGGAAACAGGCCAGGCAGAGCUUUUGGGUUCCAUGUGCAAAGACUACAAUCUCCCAGAGGUUUGGGGAGACCCUGCCAAGAACGCUCCGUUCCCAUGUGAGCUUGUGCAUAUGGGCUGCGGCUCAUCGUGCGAAUAUCACGCAAUUAGCCGGUUUGCCAGAUCAUGGAAAUGGUCUAUGUUUACAUAUCUGCCGCUGGCCCUGACCAUGCAGCUUCGCAACCCGACAAAGAAGGGUAUUGUAAAGGCUUUCUUCUCUGCCUCUCGCUCCUCAGCAUUCUUGGCGACUUACAUUACGCUUUUCUACUACGGUGUAUGCCUUGGACGCACCCGAGUUGGCCCUCGUAUGCUAGGAACUCACAGAGAUGCCCGCCAACAGAUGGAUAGUGGUGUCUGUGUCGGAACAGGCUGUGCGCUGUGCGGAUGGAGCAUCAUGGUCGAGACUGUCUCCCGUCGCAAGGACAUGGCUCUUUUCGUUGCUCCCCGGGCCCUGAGCACGGUUGUCACCCGCCAGUACCCUCUGGAGAAGGAGUGGCGUGAGACGCUCGCUUUUGCUGCCAGCACGGCCGUCGUCUUCACAUGUGUGCUUGAAAACCCUAGACGAGUUCGUGGUGUCCUCGGAGCUGUAUUGAGCUUUGUGAUGCAACAAUAACGUUAACGAUGUGAACCGAGAACUGGCAGCUUAGAAAUUAUCGUCCACGGCGAUGAACUGUACAUUUUGUAACAACAUAGCAUAGCAUGAGCCACAUUCACCUGGCAAUAAUAACAUUCAUAUUUGAUAAAACGAAGUCUUUGUAUUGUGUUUUCUUCAUCCGCCCAUAUCCCCGCUUCCACUGUAUCUAACAUACUCAUGUAUCUCUAAUCAACGUGCAAAUGCCGAGGACAAACACGCAACACAGUAUAUCGGUUCGUACUGUCGUGAAUAACUGCCCGUACUUCAUAAUAGACGAAACAUGACCCUUCCACGGCUCUGGCAGAUAUCCCACUACAGUCCACGCAAUACCAGGAGGUGGCGCUCUGUUCUUGUCCAAGAAGAAUCGUGUCGUAAGUAGAACUGCUUCUGCUGUAGCAAAUGCCCAGAAAAAGUUAAGUCGGUGUCUCUCAAUUUCCUCCUGUCCCUCGAUUUCAAUUUCGCUCGUACCACUAGCCAUAAGAGCAGCCGUAUUGCGCUGGGCCUUUGUUCCUGCAAACGGCGUCAUUAGAGUCAAGUAAAAGCCCAACCCAAUGGCGACAAGAGCAUGCAGUAGACGCCAGAAUGUAGCAUAAGUGUCGGGCUUCGCGGGCUGUUGGGGAGGUAUCAUGCCUGCAAACGGGUUUGCACCCGGACCUGCUCCUUCAGCACCUGGCGGGAAUCCAGCACCACCCAUCAUCUGCGACAUCAUCUUCAUCAGAGGGUCGUCGUCGUCGGGCAGCAUGCCAGCCGGGCCACCAGCCGGGCCCCUGCCGGCGCCGUUGGUGCGGUCGAGGCCGAGCAUCAUUUGCCGCAGCUGGGCUUCAGAGAUGGCUUGGUCUGGGAUAUCUGCGGCAUUGGGUAUUCUGUUUGUCGUAACUGGUUCGUAAAAAUGUUCGGAGAUGUCUACUUCGUCGGGGUCGCCGUCGCUAACCACCUUCUGCGCUCUGGUGGGAACAGCGAGCUCUGGCUCGACUGCUGAGGGUGUUGCAUGGU